CUCUAUCUCUGUCUCUGUUCAUCUCUAAGACCUCUCGGAAGUGGCAAUGGCCUACGGGGUGGGCUCACCUGCGGUUUGAGUAGAUGAAUGGUGGUGGUGGGGGAGGGGGGCUUGGCUGGAGACCGCCAUUCACGGCGGCGCAAUGGCAGGAGCUGGAACACCAGGCACUCAUCUUCAAGUACAUGAUGGCAGGUGUUCCUGUCCCUCAGGAACUUCUCAUCCCCAUUCGCAGGAGCUUUGAAGCUAUGUCGUCACGCUACUACCAUCAUCCUUCUCUAGGGUACUGCUAUUAUGGGAAGAAGCUGGACCCGGAGCCCGGGCGGUGCCGGAGAACGGACGGGAAGAAGUGGCGCUGCUCUAAGGACGCGUACCCCGAUUCCAAGUACUGCGAGCGGCACAUGCACCGCGGCCGCAACCGUUCAAGAAAGCCUGUGGAAACGCAAUCCCUUCCCCAGUCUCAGUCGUCCUCUUCGACCGUGACCACAACCUCCGCUGCCGCCGCCACUGCUGCCAUCCUCGCCGGCCCCGGUUCUUCUCAGUUGCACACUAGACUUUCCUCCUAUCCCAUGCACAACAAGGAUUUCAGAUACCUUCAAGGAGUGAAACCUGCUAUGGAUGAACACAGCUUAUUCUCGGAGCCUUCUGCAAGUGCAAGGGGCAUUGCAAUGGACUCUUCUUUGGAAAGCUCAUGGGGCUUGAUGCCCUCUAACAUAUCAUCAUUUCCUCUGUCAAAAGCUACGAAUGAUGGCUCUGGCUCUCUUCUACACAGCAAUUACAGUCAUCAGCUUCAGGGAAUGCAAGAUAUUGGUCAGCCAUCAAUGAGUUCAAUUGCAGAGCAACAUCAACAGCAUGCUUUCUUUGCCACUGAAUUUGGUUCAUCUGAGUCUGUGAAACAUGAAAGCCAAUCCCUUAGACCCUUUUUCGAUGAAUGGCCGAAAACAAGAGAGCCUUGGUCCAAUCUGGAUGACGAUAGAUGCAACCGGACCUCAUACUCAACAACUCAGCUUUCAAUCUCCAUACCAAUGGUCUCUUCUGAUUUCUCCAUGACUAGUUCCCGUUCACCCAAUGGUGGUUAAACCUGAAAGCCAAGUCAAUACCAAGACACCAAUCUACAGUCAGGUUGUUAUUGCCUGUUGCUUGUCCUAGGAAACUAUAUAUUGGCUUUUAACUUUUAAGAGUAUUAUUAUUUGUUGUCUUUGUUUUCUUAUAUUUGAGAGAGGCUUGAGAGAAGCUCCAGGUAUUUGGUACAUGUCCUAGCUUUUGUUGCAUUCCUGUCUCUUUGUUUCCUGGAUUGCACUCAUUCAAUUGCAAAAGAGGAACUCCAAAGCCCUUGGAAUUGAGAGAUCUCAAUGGGACAUAACAGUGGGCCCUAUUUGAACUAUUUAGCAUGUCUUUAAACCUGCUUCUAUGAAACUAUUGCCCUGUCUUGCAAAGCAGGCCAAUGAACAGCUGUGUUGCAGCAGCAGCUACUUUUUUUCAUUGCUUUUCUCAGACUUCUGUGCUCUUGUGGCCAUUGACAAGAAGCCAACUCAAGUUACUUGCCCUUUUCUAUUUUCCCCCCUUCCUUUGUUUGACUUUACGUUUUGAUAAAAAAAUUUAAUUGAACAGUGAGAGUAAUGCUUG